GAUACCACACCACGCUGAUACCAAAGUGUGGACCACCUGGUCAGGACACAAGCUGAUACCAAAGUGUGGACUAUCUGGACAGGACACAAGCUGAUACCACACCACGCUGAUACUAAAGUGUGGACUAUCUGGACAGGACACAAGCUGAUACCAAAGUGUGGACCACCUGGACAGGACACAAGCUGGUACCCAAAUGUGGACUCUCUGGACUGGACACAAGCUGAUACCACACCACGCUGAUACCAAAGUGUGGACCACCUGGACAGGACACCACGCUGAUACCAAAGUGUGGACCACCUGGACAGGACACAAGCUGAUACCAAAGUGUGGACUAUCUGGACAGGACACAAGCUGAUACCACACCACGCUGAUACUAAAGUGUGGACUCUCUGGACUGGACACAAGCUGAUACCACACCACGCUGAUACCAAAGUGUGGACCACCUGGACAGGACACCACGCUGAUACCAAAGUGUGGACCACCUGGACAGGACACAAGCUGAUACCAAAGUGUGGACUAUCUGGACAGGACACAAGCUGAUACCACACCAUGCUGAUACUAAAGUGUGGACUAUCUGGACAGGACACAAGCUGAUACCAAAGUGUGGACCAUCUGGACAGGACACAGCUGAUACCACACCACGCUGAUACCAAAGUGUGGACUAUGUGGACAGGACACAAGCUGAUACCACACCAUGCUGAUACUUAAGUGUGGACUGUCUGGACAGGACACAAACUGAUACCACACCAUGCUGAUACUUAAGUGUGGACUAUCUGGACAGGACACAAGCUGAUACCAAAAUGUGGACUCUCUGGACAGGACACAAGCUGAUACCACACCACGCUGAUCCCAGACUGUGCUCUAUCUGGAGAGGACACAAGCUGAUACCUCACCACGCUGAUACCAAAGUGUGGAAUAUCUGGACAGGACACAAGCUGAUACCACAUUACGCUGAUACCAAAGUGUGGACUAUCUGGACAGGGGACAAAUUGAUACCACACUACACUGAUACCAAACUGUGGACCAUCUGGACAGGACACAAGCUGAUACACACCACGCUGCUACUAAAGUGUGGACUAUCUGGACAGGAGACAAGUUGAUACCACACUACGCUGAUACUAAAGUGUGGACUAUCUGGACAGGACACAAGCUGAUACCAAAGUGUGGACCAUCUGGACAGGACACAAGCGGCUAAUCCUGCUUGUCUGCUUUGCUAAUACAAACAUUAAGUGGCUGCACUUCAUCAAUAUCAUCGAUUAGGCCUGAAUGAUUUGUUGCCAGAGGGUGAUCGAUCGUGGCCACUUCUUCCUGCGAGACAGCAUGGAGGGCGAUAUCAGGGUGGCAUUUGAUAUCAGGGUGGCAUUUGGAAGAUGUGUGGGAUUUCUUAUGUCAGGAACACAACUUUUACUCAAACACAAGCUGGCCUUCCUCAAUAUCACUCACCUGUACUUUUCAUGCAGGGGAUGACACACACACACACACACACACACACACACACACACACACACACACACACACACACACACACGCACGCACACAGAGAGGGACAGUAUAAAAGGAGCAUCCUUCCCAGUCGGCAUAGAAGUCUCCAUCCUCACACACUCCCUUCAACGCAACAACCAUCUUCUCUCAAGAUGUCCGCAGGGCUGAGUGUGUGUGUGGUGCUGGUUGUCUUAUGUUCAAGCUCUUUGGGGCUGCCCUUCUCCUCUCAUGGCCAAGACCAGGACCAACGUUCCCCUUCUCGAGAAGCACUCUUGGAAGGCCACACCUUGGAGGAGGCUCACCUGCGACACGGCCGCUCUGCCCCCCAGGAGGAUGCCGAGUCUCGGGCUAACCUCAGCCAGCUCCUGGCAAGACUCAUCUCCUCCAGGAAAGGUUCGGUGCGUAGAAACUCAUCCAGCAGCAGAGGCGGCGGCGUGAGCAUCGCCAACCAGCGGCGAGCAGACGGGGGCGACUACUUGGGCUGGAUGGACUUCGGCAAGCGCAGUGCAGAAGAGUACGAGUACUCCUCCUAAAAACUACACUGUGCCCUUCUCAAGACUAAAGUAUUUAUGAGGAGUUUGGCUUGUACUUUUGUUUUUUUUUUAAUGUACCGUCAAAUGCAAUAUGAAUAAUACGCCAAUUUUUUGGGUCACUCUGUCACCAACUUGUGGUUUGGAGUGGAAAAGAGAAAUGUGGUGGCAGGGUACUUAUAGACGAAUAAAACAUGAAAAUGUCAACAAA